CCGUUGCUUUCCGCAGUCGAAGCCCUCUCUAAAACCCAAAGAAAGAAGAACCCAAAAACAAAUCCAUUACGACCGAAAUGUCAGUACCGGAAACUCGCCCGAUACUCCUCCCUCUCUUCUUCCUCUCUCUCAUCUACACCGUCCAUUCCAUCGAGGAGCUCCAAAUCCUCCUCAACUUCAAAUCCCAGCUCUCCAAUCCCGAUACGCUCCAAUCAUGGCAGCCCAAUCUCCGCCACUGCAACUUCACAGGCAUCACCUGCAACCCCACCGAAUCCGUCACCGAAAUCAACCUCACCAAUCAAAAACUCUCCGGCCCACUCCCUCUCGAGUCGAUCUGCACCCUCCAAUCCCUCCAAAAGCUCGCGAUCGGAUCGAAUUCCUUAAUCGGAACCCUUGAUCAUCUCCCCAACUGCUCUCAAUUGGUCCACCUAGAUCUCGCAUUCAAUCAUCUCACAGGUCCAGUCCCCGAUCUUUCCUCCCUCUCGAAAUUACAGGUCUUGAAUCUCUCCAACAACGGAUUUUCCGGUCCGUUCCCUUCAAAUUCAAUCAAGAACUCCAAAAACCUCAUUUCUCUGUUGAUUGGCGACAACCCGUUCGACGUAAGUCCCUUCCCAAUUGAAGUUCUGGAAUUUCAAAAGCUUUCAUGGCUUUAUCUAAGCAAUAGCAGCAUUAGGGGAGAAAUCCCGCCGUCGAUCGGAAAUCUGACCGAUCUCGUAAGUCUGGAGCUGGCGCAGAACCAUAUCACCGGAAGAAUACCGCCGGAGAUUGCGAAACUCACCAAGCUCUGGCAAUUGCAGCUCUGGCGAAAUCGCCUCACCGGACCGCUCCCAAGCGGACUCCGAAACCUCACCGGAUUGCGGUUCUUCGAUGUGUCUGUGAACCUGCUGGAUGGCGAUCUGACCGAAUUGAAGUUCUUGAAUAAGCUCGUCUCGCUGCAGAUCUUCGAUAAUAGGUUUUCCGGCGAAGUCCCGAUCGAGAUCGGCGAUUUCAGCGAUCUUGUGAAUUUCUCCCUCUACUCGAAUAACCUAUCGGGCAUUCUCCCACAGAAGCUGGGAAGCUGGUCCGCUUUCGAUUUCAUCGACGCCUCUGGUAAUUUCUUCACGGGGCCCAUCCCGCCGGACAUGUGCAAGCAGGGCAAGAUGAAACAGCUGCUGAUGCUUGAUAACAUGUUUUCCGGCGAAUUUCCGGCGACCUAUGCCAAUUGCUUUUCUCUGACCCGUCUCAGAGUCACUAACAACUUGCUGUCUGGGAGAUUCCCGGACGGGAUCUGGGGAUUGCCAUUGAUCGACAUGAUUGAUCUGGCGAACAACAGAUUCGACGGUCCGGUCUCGUCCGACAUCGGAAAAGCCACAAACCUCAUGCAGAUCAACCUCGCUAACAACAGAUUCUCCGGAGCUCUGCCACCGGAGAUCACGAACGUCGUGGAUUUGGUCUUGAUUGAUAUCAGGUUUAAUGAAUUCUCCGGCGAGAUUCCAGCAAGGAUAGGAGAAUUGAAGAGUCUCAACAGCUUGUUCUUUCAAGGGAACAAGCUCUCCGGCGCGAUUCCGGAGACGUUGGGGUUGUGCAAUUCUCUCAACGAGAUCAAUCUCGCCGGGAAUUAUCUCGUGGGUCAGAUUCCUGCCAGCUUAGGCUCACUGCCGUCUCUCAAUUCAUUAAAUCUCUCCGGAAACCAGCUCUCGGGUCAGAUUCCAAGCAGCCUUUCAUCGCUAAAGCUCAGCCUCCUCGACCUGUCAGACAACCGGCUAUCUGGCAGCGUACCGUAUUCCCUCUCCAUUGAGGCGUAUAACGACAGCUUCGCCAGGAAUCCAGACCUUUGUGGUCAGAAUUUCCGGUAUCUCCGUCCAUGUUCGUCAGAUUCCAGCAAGUCCAAAGAUAUCAAAACACUCAUUUCCUGCUUCCUGGCCGGAACUGCUCUCCUGCUGGUGACCUUUGGUGGAUAUCUCAUCAUAAGGAGAAGACGGAUUGAUCGUGACCGUCCAUCGAAAGACUCUUGGGACAUGAGAUCCUUCUCUGUCCUCAGCUUCACAGAACAGGAAGUCCUGAACUCGAUCAAGCAGGAAAAUCUCAUCGGGAAAGGCGGGUCCGGCAAUGUGUAUCGGGUAGUUUUGGGGAACGGAAAGUCACUUGCCGUCAAACACAUAUGGACGUCAGACUCCGGCAGCGAUGUCCGAAAGAGCAGUACGGCGAUGCUGACAAGGCGGGCCAGUAAUCUGCCGGAAUUCAACGCGGAGGUAGCGGCGUUGAGCUCGAUCCGGCACGUGAAUGUGGUGAAGCUGUAUUGUAGUAUUACCAGUGAGGAUUCAAGCCUCUUGGUGUAUGAGUAUCUUCCCAACGGGAGCCUGUGGGACCGGCUCCACACGUGCCAGAAGAUGGAGCUGGAUUGGGGGACCCGGUAUGAGAUCGCGGUCGGGUCCGCCAAGGGGCUGGAGUAUCUGCACCAUGGGUGCGAACGGGCCGUCAUCCAUCGCGACGUGAAGUCCAGCAAUAUACUGCUGGAUGAGUUCUUUAAGCCCCGGAUCGCUGAUUUUGGGCUGGCUAAGAUCGUGCAGGCGACUGGAGCCAACGAUUCAACGCGUGUGAUCGCUGGGACGCAUGGAUAUAUUGCUCCCGAGUAUGCGUACACAUACAAAGUGAAUGAGAAGAGUGAUGUCUACAGCUUCGGGGUCGUUCUCAUGGAGCUCGUAACUGGAAAAAGGCCGAUUGAGCCAGAAUUCGGCGAAAACAAGGACAUUGUGUAUUGGGUAUCUAGUAGGAUGACGAGGUGGGAGGACAUGAUCCAUCUAGUGGACCCCAGGAUCCCCCAUUCGAUGAAGGAAGACGUUGUCAAGGUGCUGCGAAUAGCCAUCCUCUGCACGGCAAGGCUGCCGGCGUUGCGGCCGUCGAUGAGGACAGUGGUGCAAUUGCUAGAGGAUGCUGAGCCAUGCAAGUACAUUGCUAUCAGUGGGGAGGAUGAUAAGAAGGGAGAGGAUUGCUUGGAACUAAGCAAGGCCCCUGGCCCAAUUUGAGUGGGCCUCCAUUAUGGCUACUCUAGCUGGCACGUGCGCCAGCAUGACUUAAAGCCGGGCUGAUUUUUUGAGCUAUGGCAUAUGGCACACAUGUGCAUUCCCACACGUGCAAUCUUUAUGGGCUAUUCCUGCUCGUUGGCUUAGUGGGCCUGUGCAUGGGAGGGCAUGAAUUAUCGUCAUUAUCGUGCAUGUAAAUAUACCACCUAGCGUGUUAUCUAGGGCGAGUACUAGUGUUUAACUCACGCAAGUAAGUUUGGCUAACGGGCUAUGUAGAAUUGUGCCGUAGGAGAUGAGGCAAAUAACGAAAUAUAUGAUCUGGACCGUUUAUCUCGUGAGAGCUAUAUAUUGGAUGUCCUAUUUUCAAUGAUCAUGCUGAAAGGAUAAUCCUGAUUUGUUGAGUUGAA